AAUCUUGGCGGCAGAAACUAGUGCGUCAACUGAGAACACGUCUUAAAAGCCGACCCUGACGUAUGCUGGCCCAUCGUGCUGCAAAAACCCCGCUCUGGCUAGCGCAUGGAUCCUACUGUUUUCAUCCAACAAUUUGGUCCUCGUCCUCCAACUUCCAUGGCCCGAGUAGGGAACAGCGCAAGAAGAGCGGCUACCCUCGUUCCCUACUUCAACGGUACGAUCUGGCUUUGGGAGUCUCCAAUUGCCAGGAUGCAGGAGCCAGAUCUGGGUACUAGCGCUCGCCCAGGCUCCUGAAGCCAGGCUCUGGAUCUUUUCGGGCGCAGUAGAAGCCGCUCUCGAGCCUGUAUUUUGGCGGUCGCACGUCGGGGGCUGGAGCCUGACGGACGCAGCGUUCGCCUCCCGCACAGCGAAGCCUGAAAAGCCGGGCAGGGCGCAGGGACCGUCCGCUGCCGCCUUGCAAGGCCCGGGGGCUUCUGAGUGUCCGCCCAGGGCUGCGGGGUGGGGGCGGGCCGGAAAACUCCCCCAGAUCCCACCAGCCUGCGCACGUCGCUCCAGUAUAAGAGGAGGCCCCUAGACGGAGCGGCAGUCCUGGGGUUGCCAUUGCCAUGGCAGUUUCCGCCGAGGCAGGAGAAGCAGAAGCGGAAAGUCCUGCCGUGGCUCUCUGCACUGCUGCCGGCGCUGUCCCUGGGCGGCGGCCGCUGCUUUAGCCCCGCGCCCGGGGGCCAGGGCUGGGACAGGCCCCGCCGCGUGCGCGCCCGCGGACUAGGAGGUGGCGCCUCUCGCCAGCUUCCCCCGGGCUCCGGCCAAGAUGGGUUCCUAUCUUGUUAAUGCAACAUUCCAGUCCAAAAUAACAGAAGAAGCGGAUAUUAUUGUUGGACUGAUUUAUACAGUGUUUGGUGAAAACUAGAAUUUUCUGGUGAUGCUUUCAUUCUGUUUCUGAUAUUCUGCAUGCAGAUCAUCGUCAACAAAGCAGGGUGAAAACUUGCUCUCGCUGGAAAGUGAACUGCACAUGAAAUGAUCCCAUGAUAGCCAACCCUGCUCAGAUCACUGGCUCGCUUCAGUGUGACUUUCCAACAUGCACUAUGUUAGUGAUGUCACAGCUGCUGCAGGACCUUGUAAGAGAAAGGAGCUGGCCUGUUGGGCACCGGAGUGUCAGCAGAGUCCUAAAGCAGCUGUGACAUCCACAUGAUGAUGCAUGCUGGGACAUCCUAUCAGAGCUUGAGCUGGUAAUCCAAACAGGGCUGGGUGCUGUGGGACCUUGAAAGCAAACAGAAAAGGAAUAUGCUCCUUGUGUGGAAACAGUAUUCUUUUGUAUGUUUCCUACAAGAAAAAGAAUUUGCUAAAACCAGCAGAAUACUUCAUGAUCAACCUUGCCAUCAGUGACCUUGGUAUGACUCUGACCUUGUACCCUCUAGCUGUUACAUCCAGCCUUUCUCACAGAUGGUUGUAUGGUAAACAAGUUUGCUUGUUCUAUGCAUUUUGCGGUGUACUUUUUGGGAUCUGCAGUCUGUCAACACUAACAUUACUGAGUACUGUGUGCUGCCUCAAAAUUUGUUUCCCAGCUUAUGGGAACAGAUUUAGGCGAGAACAUGGACGAAUCUUGAUAGCCUGCGGAUGGGCCUAUGCAGCAAUUUUUGCCUGUUCGCCCCUAGCUCACUGGGGAGAGUAUGGACCAGAGCCCUACGGUACAGCUUGCUGCAUUGACUGGCAUUCAUCAAAUGUAAACACGGUGGCAAUGUCUUACACCGUAGCUCUCUUUGUCUUCUGCUUUAUCAUCCCCUGUGGGGUAAUUGUUACGUCCUAUACCCUCAUUCUGAUAACUGUCAAAGCAUCCAGAAAAGCAGUGGAACAGCAUGUCUCAGGUCCCACCAGAAUGAGCAACGUGCAGGCUAUUACAGUCAAGAUGAGCAUUGCUGUAUGCAUUGGAUUUUUUGCUGCCUGGAGCCCAUAUGCCAUCAUAGCCAUGUGGGCAGCCUUUGGAUCCAUAGAAGCGAUUCCUCCCCUAGCCUUUGCUGUGCCAGCUGUCUUUGCAAAGUCCUCAACACUCUACAACCCAGUUACCUAUCUUCUUCUGAAGCCCAAUUUCCGAAGCAUCCUUGCCAAAGAUUUUGGAGUUCUCCAGCAAUUAUGCAUCAGGACUUGUUUUUGCCUCAAGGCCCUACAGAGCUGCAGUUAUAGGUCAGUUCUGGAAGUCCCCCUGAAUUCAUUUAAAGGGAGAAAUGAGUCCAGCUGUAACUCGGUGCAGACUGUGGAAGGAUGUUCUUACUUCCCUUGUGAAAAGUGCAAUGAUACUUUUGAAUGCUUUAAGAACUAUCCAAAAUGCUGCCAGGAGAGGUUAAGCACUAUGGAAUGCACUCCUCAAGAAAGUGUGUCUUUGGAGAGUAGUCUCCAAGCAAAACGGAAGCAGGGUGCCAAGAAAUCUGUAAAGGUGGUUGUUCAAGGAGAAGAAAGCACUCAAAAUGAUAACUUUGAAAUCACCUUGGAAACAAUACCUGCACACAGCAGAUUUGCAAAUCUUUAGAGUUUCAUUUAAGAAACAAUAAUGUAAUGGUACCAGACUUCUGAAUGUAACCUUUUCUAAACAGCCCAUCCACUGCCACUUUCUAUACAGUUUUCCUGGUUCCCUCACCUGUCCUUUGAUAGAAUACCUAAUGGAGCAUGAACUUGUUAAAAAGAACGUUUGACUCUCACAAUGCAGACUUCAGUAAGUAUCUUGUGCUAACUGUAUUCAAACAGUACUUACUUAAUAUUUAUAUUGCAGUGGUGCUCAGAGGCCUCUAUCAGGAUUGGGGUUGAAUUGUGCUAGGUUCUGUAUAAACAUACACAAAGCUGCAGUCUCUGUCCCAAAGAACUUGAAAUCCAAGUAGUUAGUCUUACGUUCCUCAAGAGACACCACCCAAACCAUCAGUGAAAUAAACUGCAUAUGUUUAGUUAUAUAAAUAAUCAUGUGGCACCAACACAUUUUGGUGAAGUUUCUAUGGUGGUUCAUAGGGAAAGUACUGGAAUGCCAGUGUCCUAACCAUUUAAACUCUACCAGUGAUUCUGAAUAAUCAUCAUCAUCAUGUUCCCAUUACGCCUCUGGCGUUUAGGGCAGUGACGAAGCUCCUCCACUCCUGUCUGUUUCUGGCAAGUCUUUCAAUGGUUCCCAAGCUGUGCCCCAGGUUUUUCAGCUCGUCUUCCAAAGCUCUUCACCAUGUUAUUUUCAGGCGGCCUCGUUUUCGCUUGCCUUCAGGUGUCCAUCUUAUUGCUACUCUGGUGAUGGAAUCAGUUUCCAUCUGAAGAACAUGGCCAAUCCAUCUCCAACGCCUCCUGGCAAUGAUGGUGCUCAUAUCCUCUUGGCUGCAUUGUGUCAAUAGAUCGUGGUUUGAGAUUGUUCUGGUCCAAAAGAUACAGAAGAUUUUUCUGAGGCGGGUUGUAUGGAAUGAAGACAAUUUGGACAUGUCAUACUUUCUCAUUUCCCAGUAUUCUGCACUGUAAAGUAAUGUUGAAAAUACACAGCUCUGAUAAAUCUUGAGUUUGGUUUUGGUGUUGUAUUUUGAUGGUUUCCAGACUGUAUUCCCCCCUGAAAUUCUGAGUAAGCCGCUAUUUAAAUGGAUGUUAUUGCAACAGAUAGGAUAUAGCUUGUUGACGUGGGACCUAUAGUGUGGCUUCUCGCCCUCUGCUUAAACUGUCUCCCCCUUCACCCUCCAUCUAUUCCCAUGUGCAUGAUGCUUUUGAUGUUUUUGCUAGUUUCCCAUAGUUGCAGAGUGUUUAAAAUGACAUGAGCAGCUGUUUGUUGCAGAGUACAAAACAUUUAGCAUGUAUUAGAGAAAAAGCUCCUGUGUAGCUAAAACACCACGCCUCUUUAAGAGCCAUGCACCCUAUAAACAAGCUGUUUUGUUUUGUUUUUUGAAGGAUGUGCAAAUUAAAACUGAAGUUUCGAUUAGCAUUUUCUCUGAAGUCUCUCAAGGCGUAUUGUCAGUGAUCGGAGCAAAUCAAGGGCCCAGUCCUGCAUCACUGAGGUUAAAGGAAGUUCUGCCACUGACUUCAAGUGGAAUAGGAUGAGGCCCUAAGGACUCAAUACUGCAAAGAUUCAUGUUUCUGCAUAACUCUGUGCACUGGAUCAGCAUUCAUGUCACACUCCGAGUCAGAACCCGGCCCAGGCUUAUGGAUCCUGGUCACAUGUCACCUGAUGCAUGUUGCGCAUACGCUAAGAAGAAGACUCUACGCCUGAGGGUGUCUACAUAGCAUCUGGGAGGGUACUUCUCAGCCUCGGUAGACCCAGGCUAGCUCUGCUCGAGCUGGCACACCAAAAAUAGCAGUGUGGCCACGGCAGCAUGGUGGCAGUUUGGGCUAGGCGCCCUAAUACAAUCCCAGCGGACUCCCCCAGGGGAUACUCAGCUUGCCUGAGCUGCCCCGUGUGCUGUUGCAGCCACACUGCUGUUUUUAGUGUGCUAGCUCAAACAGUGCUAGCGCGCAUCUCUGCGUGUGCUGGGAAACACCCUCCCAACUACUGUGUAGAUAUACCCUGUGAGUAGCCCUACUGGUUUCAAUGAGAUUUCUUACUGCAUGCACACAAGUCUCUAGAGGACUGGGGCCUUAGAUGAUUGGCUCGCUACUAUGAGAUGAAAUACCUGUAUGUUGUAAUUAACUGGAAUAUGAUAAGAAUGCAGGACUAUAUAAAACAGGAAAAAACAACUCGGUUAACUCACGCCUUCAAUUGAAAACACAUGUUGGGGGAGAAAAUAAGAGUAUUUUGCACUAUACAGUGUCUAUGUUCUCUGGAAAAUUCAUGAGUAUUUAUACAAUGAUUAUUAUAUAAUGUAAAGAAAUCAAGUUAAUGUAUCACUGUUUCUUCCCUCCAAGUCUGCUUUGGAGUGCCUGAACUAGUCAUAAGUUCUGAGUGUGGAGUAAAACAUUUGCUUAAAAAUAAACAUGUCACUUUCAACUUUUCUUUUCUCUACAGUUCAGAUUUCAGAUGACAGGUAGAACAUUUUUUGUUUUACAAUGAAUGUUGAAGCCUCGGCUUAUUUCUUUUUGGAGUUAAUAGGAGCAGGAUUGUGCCUUUGAAGAGAAUUAUGAAGCAAUGCCCAGUGUCCACAAGCAAUCAGACUGACAGUCCAAUUCAGAAUUAUGUUUGUUGUUUGAAAAAAGUUUUUCUUCUUAUGUUAAAUGCUUUUUCUGGUGUGAUCAGGCACAGAAAAUUCUCCCCAACCUGUCUGCCUUUGGAUUGUUCCAUCCAUCAUUUUCCGGAAUUAGACUGUUUUUAUGAGUUACUUGCAAAUAAAUGUAUUUGCAAAUCAUGAUGCUGCUGA